ACCGUACUUCCCCGGACUCUCCCCGAACCCCGCACUACCCCACACUCUCCUCCUACCUACCGAAGCUAGUACCCGGAGCAUACGAGCUCCGCGAUGUCAUCUCAGCACCAAACUCGUGAUGUCGAUGAGCUCCGGGCAGAUGGAUAUGCGCGACGCAAGCGCACAAGAGCUGCAGCAGGUAUCUCUCAAUCUGAUUGCGAUAUUGGGCUCGGAUCGCUUCCAGAGCUGCGUGUGUAUCAAAUCGUAGUACCACAUGCGUCUCGGGCUCGUGAAAGAAACACCUAUCCCCUCUUCUGCAACCGUGGUCAGUCAGUAGUUAGCCCCCAUGGAGAGGGUCUCACGGCAGGUAUAUAAACCUCUGGCAAUCGCCUGCCUAUCUCUUGCCUCAUCUCAUCGCUUCUCAUCUCAUCUUCUCAUCUAGUAAAGUCUUCCGCGCAUCACCAUCACUAUCAGCAUCACAAUCAUGGCUCCCGCAGUUUCGCUCACACCUGCAACCCUCCCCAAGCCCAGACCAGCACCCACAGACGUAUCCACUCCAAUCGAUGCCUGGAUCUCAUCCUUCGCCACAUAUCUCAAGACCCCCGACUCGAAAUCAGUCUCCUCCCUCUUCCUCGCUGAUGGCUUCUGGCGCGAUCACCUCUGCCUGUCCUGGGACUACAAGACCGCAGAGACCCCAGCCAAGAUCCACGAGCUCCUCUCCUCUGGCCGCAUCACAUCCAUCUCCCUUUCGCGCAGCCACGCCGUCACAGCCACGCCGGUCGACUUCGCAGGUCAGGUCCCAGCGAUCACGGCUUUCGUCGAUGUCAAGACUACUAUGGGGAAUGGCCAGGGUAUAGUCAAGCUGCUCGAGGACCUUGAUGGCGAGGGCAAGGGCGUGUGGAAGGCAUACACUAUGUUCACUGCUCUCAAGGAACUCGAUAAGUUCCCUGAGAGAGUGGGGAGGAACCGGCCGGUCGGUGUCAGCCAUGGGGCCAACAAGACACGGCGGAAUUGGAAGGAGAGGAGAGCUGAUGAGGUUGAGUUCGUGGAUAGUCAGCCUGUCGUGCUGAUCGUUGGUGCUGGGCAGGGUGGCCUGGUUGCUGCAGCUAGGCUAAAGAUGAUCGGCAUCCAAGCCCUCAUAAUCGAUAAGAAUGAGCGGGUAGGAGACAACUGGAGAAAGCGGUAUCACCAGCUGGUCCUUCACGAUCCCGUCAAUUACGAUCACCUGCCAUACAUCAACUUCCCCACAUGCUGGCCGAAAUUCACGCCCAAAGACAAGCUCGGGGACUGGUUUGAAUCCUACGCAUCAUCGCUAGAACUCAAUGUCUGGACCUCUUCCACAAUUGCCGACUCCUCCUGGGACCCCAAAACCAAUACCUGGAGCGUCACCGUCACCCGCCCCUCCGGCACUCGUGUGCUACAGCCGCGCCAUCUCAUCAUCGCCACCGGCCACUCCGGCGAGCCAAACAUGCCCACAUUCCCGGGAAUGGACACGUUCAAGGGAGACGUGCUGUGCCAUUCCUCUGGGUUCCCCGGAGCGAAGAUGGAAGGUGGUGAGAAGAGGAAAGCUGUGGUGGUGGGCUGCUGCAAUAGUGGCCAUGAUAUUGCCCAGGAUUAUUACGAAAAGGGAUAUGAUGUUACCAUCGUCCAGCGGAGCACCACAUAUGUUAUGACCUCGGAGAAUGGGCUGGAUGUCCUCCUCAAAGGGCUCUACGAUGAAGAUGGGCCCGCAUCUGUUGAAGACGCAGACAUGAUCCUCAUGUCCUCCCCCGUCCGUGUGUUUAAGCGAAAUCAGAUCGCCGUCACCGAAGCGAUCGACAAGCGGGAUAAGCACAUCAACGAUGCCCUUGUCGCAGCCGGGUUCAAACUCGACAAGGGGCCUCACGGCUGCGGAUUCUUUAUGAAAUAUAUGGAGCGCGGAGGCGGCUACUAUCUCGACGUCGGCGCAUCCGCCCUCAUCGGCUCGGGCGCGAUCAAACUCAAGCAGGGCCACGAAAUCACCAAGAUCGUUCCCGACGGCGUGGAAUUCGACGACGGCAGCAAGCUCGCGGCCGACGAGAUCGUGUUCGCGACCGGAUACGCGAACAUGAAGACCACUGCCGCCAAGAUCCUUGGUGAGGAUGCAGUAAAGGGUGUGGAGGAUGUUUGGGGCAUUGGAGAGGACACGGGCGAGCUCAGGGGAAUGUGGAAGAGGGUUGGAGAGAGGAACCUUUACUUCAUGGGUGGUAAUCUGGGCUUUACUAGGUGGUUCUCGAGAGGCCUCGCAUUGGGCAUUGCGGCGAGUGAGGGUGGGUUGAUGUAG